GUUUCAGUAAUUGCAAGUAGGUUAAAAUAGUUUGUGAUAAAAAGGUCAUGGACAGAGGUGAGUUUGUUACAGACAGAGAACAGGAAAAUGGGAGGCUGGUUCUAGAAAGAAGUGGUAUAAAAACCAGAUUGGGGUGCCGGGUGUGUUGGUCAAAGAAAAAAGAUGAUGGCCAGGAUUUGGGGAAAUGCCUUCAGAUGUUAGUAGAAGCAGAAGGGUGAGAGAGGUAAUAUGGAAGUAAGACUUAUAUGGAGGGACAUGUCCCAGUGUCCUGGAGGUUUUAUUAGUAUGUGGGUUCAGAAUUAGC